GUUGUUUGUGCGGAAGUGUAGUGCCUGUCUGCAGGCGAUCGGCCGCUCAGAGCUCAUCAUGCGUGUGCUGGGACAGGUGUACCACCUGGGCUGCUUCAGCUGCUGUGAGUGUGAGCGCCGGCUGCAGAGAGGUGAUGAGUUUGUGCUAAAGGAGGGACAGCUGCUCUGCCGGGGAGACUAUGAGAAAGAGAGAGAGAUGCUGGCUGCCAUCAGCCCGGUCCCUACCGAGUCAGUAAAGAGUGAGGAUGAGGAUGGUGGUGGUGUCUCUGUUGGUGGGAAGGCUGGGGAUGAUGGGAAGGAGCACAAGAGAUCCAAGAGACCACGUACCAUCCUGACCACACAACAGCGACGUGCCUUCAAGGCUUCCUUUGAGGUGUCUUCCAAACCCUGCCGAAAGGUCAGAGAAACUCUUGCAGCUGAGACUGGACUGACGGUGAGAGUCGUGCAGGUGUGGUUCCAAAACCAGAGAGCAAAGAUGAAGAAGAUCGCUCGCAGACAACAGCAGCAGCAGCAACAGCAAGAACAGGAGCAAAUGGGCGGGACCAGGAGGGGUCCGAGCAGGGGGGGGCGCCAGAGUAACGAUGACAGCGAGGAUGGCUCCAGCAGUCACGGACUGGACGGGCUGCUCUCAUAUUCCUCUCUGCCACGCCAACAACUGCUGGCUUUGGAUCCCAACAUAUACGGUAGCGAGCAGUUCCGACACGGGCUCACGCCACCACAGCUAGGCCCCGAGCAGAUGCACUCCUACGACUCUGAGACAAUUUUCCAUGACUUGGACAGUGAUGGAAGCCUCAGUCAUCUCGGAGACUGUCUCUUGUCGACUGCCGACGGUGGAGUUCUGGCAGGGCGGAUAGGAAAUCCCAUUGAUCGCCUCUACUCGAUGCAAAACUCCUACUUUACCUCAUGACCCUGGUUCCACCUCCCUAAGCACUCCUCCACCACAGCAGGGGGCAACAAAUAGAUUGAGUCUCACUGCAGGCGUCUUUCAUCAUCAAAACUAAUUGAAUCUCUCAAUCGUAUCUUAGUCGUGCCAAUAAAGCUCUAACCAACCAAACCAAGACAGGAUCACACCCUAAAAAUUCAAUUUAACAUUGCCAGAAUGGGAGUUCACUGGAAAAACAUGUUUUAUAUCACAUAUAUGCACUAUUUUUUUUGCUCUGUAUUGCUUAAACAUUAUUGCGACAGUCAUAGGCGUGUAUCAGACAUCAGCAGGAAGCUGUUCAUGACGUGUAAGUGUUACCUCAAAACUCUGCUCACUGCACAGCUAACAAACUAAUCAAGGCUGUAUCCGAAAUCACCCCCUAUACUCUUAUUCACUAUAGAGUGCUGCAGUGAUGACGUAUUUUGUAGGCCUAACCCUGGAAACAAGUUGGCAUUUUAGCAUUUCCACUUCCACUGUCCUGAAGUCAAUGGCUUUUUUUGAAUGAGUUUCUGGUGAAAUGCCUGAAAUGAGGUCUGUGGUUAACACAAGCGCAAAAUA